AUGAAAGACCUAAUCAACAUUCCACUUUUACACAUCCUCAUCCUAGCAGCUCUCAGCCUGGCAGAGAAACCUCCACAAGCCCCUGUCAUCACCACUCCUCUUGAAACAAUGGAUGCAUCAGUAGAAGGAACAGCCACUUUCAUCUGUGCCGUGGAUUCCUAUCCACAGCCUGAGAUUGCCUGGACGCGUAACAAGAUUCUCAUCAAGAUGUUUGAUACACGGUAUAGCAUUCGGGAGAAUGGGCAGCUACUGACCAUCCUGAGUGUGGAAGAUAGUGAUGAUGGCGUCUACUGCUGCAUCGCAAAUAAUGGAGUGGGAGAAGCUGCUGAGAGUUGUGGGGCUUUGCAAGUGAAAAUGAAACCUAAAAUAACCCGUCCUCCCAUUAAUGUAAAGAUAACUGAAGGAUUGAAGGUGGUUCUGCCAUGCACGACAAUGGGCAAUCCCAAACCUUCUGUAUCAUGGAUCAAGGGAGAAACUACACUAAAGGAAAAUGCUCGAAUUGCAGUUCUUGAAUCUGGAAAUUUAAGGAUUCACAAUGUUCAAAGGGAAGAUGCGGGACAUUAUCGAUGUUUAGCCAAAAACAGUCUCGGAACAGCAUAUUCCAAACCGGUAAUGCUGGAAGUGGAAGAAGAAAGUGAACCUGAACGAGAUACUAAAGUUUUCGCCAGAAUACUCAGAGCACCUGAAUCCCACAAUGUCACCUUUGGCUCCGUAGUGAAGCUGCGCUGCACUGCUACUGGCAUUCCAGUCCCCACUGUCACAUGGCUUGAAAAUGGAAAUGUUGUUUCCACUGGGUCCAUUCUAGAAAGUGUAAAAGACAGAGUGAUUGACUCCCAACUGCAGCUGUUUAUCACCAGACCGGGACUGUUCACUUGCAUAGCCACUAACAAACAUGGGGAGAAACUCAGCACUGCAAAAGCUGCUGCCACCAUCAGUGUAUCAGAAUGGAGUAAACUAUACAAAGGUGAUACAGGCUACUGCAGCACAUACAAGGGUGAGGUAUGUAGUGCUGUCUUGGUGAAGGAUGCUCUUGUUUUCUUCAACUCCUCCUAUGCUGACUCAGAGAAGAUUCAAGAAAUGCUUGCCCAAGCCGUCUGGAGUGAACUGAAAACAGUGAGUUUACUCUGCCAACAGGCGGCUGAAUCUUUGCUGUGUAACCAUGUCUUCCAGGAGUGCAACCCAACUGCAGUUAUACCAACUCCUAAACCGAUCUGCAGAGAGCACUGCCUGGCUGUAAGGGAUCAAUAUUGCUCCAAUGAUUGGCUUGCAAUGGAAGUAAAGUCAUACAAGGGACUCUAUCAAUCUGGACUACACCAGCUGAUUCUACCAGAAUGCAGCAAACUUCCCAGCAUGCAUGUGGAACCCACGGCCUGCACAAAAAUACCCUAUUUUGAGUAUAGAAAGGAAAACAUAACAACACCUUCACCAGUAACAGCAAAGUCAAGUGUAGAGAUUCCAAAUCUCCCAUCCUCUUCCUCUUCUUUUUCACCCACGUAUUCCAUGACUGUAAUCAUUUCCAUCAUGUCCAGCUUUGCCAUGAUUGGGUUGUUCACCAUCACUACCCUUGUAUGCUGCAGAAGGCGAAAGCAAUGGAAAAACAAGAGGGAAUCAGCAACCCCCACCCUAACCACCCUUCCUUCAGAACUACUGCUGGACAGGCUUCAUCCCAACCCUAUGUACCAGCGAAUGCCACUGCUGCUGAACCCUAAACUACUCAGCUUGGAGUACCCAAGAAACAAUAUUGAAUAUGUGAGAGACAUCGGAGAAGGAGCCUUUGGAAGGGUCUUUCAAGCCAGGGCUCCUGGUUUGCUUUCUUAUGAACCUUUCACUAUGGUGGCAGUCAAGAUGCUCAAAGAAGAAGCCUCAGCAGACAUGCAAGCUGAUUUUCAGAGAGAGGCAGCCCUCAUGGCAGAAUUUGAUGACCCCAACAUUGUCAAACUCCUAGGAGUCUGUGCCGUGGGGAAGCCGAUGUGCCUGCUGUUUGAAUACAUGGCCUAUGGGGAUCUAAACGAGUUUCUCCGCAAUAUGUCUCCUCGCACUGUGUGCAGCCUUAGCCACAGUAACCUGGCCCCGAGGAUGAGAAUCUCCAGCCCAGGCCCACCUCCCCUCUGCUGUGCUGAGCAGCUCUGCAUUGCCAGGCAGGUUGCAGCUGGCAUGGCUUACCUCUCAGAGCGCAAGUUUGUGCACCGCGACUUGGCCACCAGGAACUGUCUGGUCGGGGAGAACAUGGUGGUGAAAAUUGCUGACUUUGGCCUCUCCAGGAACAUCUAUUCGGCAGACUACUACAAAGCCAAUGAGAAUGAUGCCAUCCCCAUUCGCUGGAUGCCCCCAGAGUCUAUUUUCUACAACCGCUAUACAACCGAGUCUGACAUCUGGGCCUAUGGUGUGGUCCUUUGGGAGAUUUUUUCCUAUGGCCUUCAGCCCUACUAUGGGAUGGCUCAUGAGGAAGUCAUCUACUAUGUGAGAGAUGGCAAUAUUCUAUCCUGCCCAGAGAACUGCCCUCUGGAGCUGUACAAUCUGAUGCGCCUCUGUUGGAGCAAGCUACCUGCCGACCGCCCCAGCUUCACCAGCAUCCAUCGCAUCCUGGCGCGCAUGUGUGAGCGGGCGGAGGCAGCGAUGCAUGCCUGA